UCCUGGUCAUGGCUAUUCCGCCUCCGCCGGCGUGUCCGCACCCGACGAGAUCGUACCUCGACGAGAAGAAGGCGAGAUACAAGUCGGAGCAUGUUCGUGCCAUGAAGGCGCCAAUCAAAGCCGGCGCUCAGGAGCGAGCUGCCACAGCUGCGCUGGCAGUGAAUGGCGGCGGCUCGCAGCCUGUGCCUGUGGCUUACGGACUGUACCGCGGCUUCUACAAACAGUUUCACGCCGAAGUCCUUGACACCAAGAAGGAGCUGCCAUUUUCGCACCUCUCUGGCACGAGCGGCGGCUUCCUGGCGGUCGCCACUUACUCCUACUCUGCGCUUCCUGGCCACCAAGUGCUCGACACGGGCCGAGAGACCGAGCCGGCGAAGAUCACAAAGGCGGCGAUUGAGAACCCGCCGACCCCGUCCUGCGGCCAGAUGGGGUACGUGGCCAGUCAACUCGGCCUCGGCUCAGGCCUUUGCUCGGUCUUCUUUUCCGCCAUACCCGUCUUGGUCGGCGUUUUCGUGUCGGCCUCUGUUGGCGUUUGCGCCCGCGCUGUAACCUGCGGCAAAUGCGUCGGCGGUGGCUGCUGGCCAUUCGCGAACACCGUAUCGAGCUGGUUCAUCGCUUUCUUCUACAAUUACUUUGUUGGCCGGAUUGGCGCGCCGAAGCACGACACGCCAACAGGGCUGGGCAAGAACAAGUACACGGCGAGCGUGGAUGGCGUGCAGGCACAGAUUGAUGCGCUCGCCACGGACGGCGUUGUGGUCACCCAGGAGGACUUCAACAUCCCACGCGGGCUUGCGCCCACGCCGCUGGCUACGUUUGGGAUGGCCCGCCCAACCGGCGUCUCGUACCGCAACUUCGAGGCGCCAUUCGACAAGUGGUCCACGGAGGCGAAGAACGAGUGGCUCUGCAAGCGCGACAGCCCGCCCACGCACGGCGCUACGGCGGCGUCGAUUGCGAAGCAGCACCGCGACCAAAGCGCCGGCGAGCGCGUCUCGCCACCAGUGCCUCGUGCCUUGGCUCGCCACCCCGGACAGCGUCUGGACACCUUACCACGGGUGCACGAUGCAGUUCGGCUGCCAGUGGCCGUUCGAACCGACAUUCGCUUCGCCUCUAUCCCACCGGGCCAGGUCCUCAACGUCGAAUAUGUCCACCCCCCCGCGUGCCUUCCGUGCGCGCCGCUCUCAUCAGGCUCCCGAGCUGUUCACCGAGUCGUGACACGCUCCAAGCUGUCCAUCGAGGCCCUCAUGGGGGGGUCGGGGGAUUUUGCCCCCAUUCCAAUCCCCACAAUACCGGCUUUGUUUUGCUUUGACACGUUUGCCCAAGGGUACACGACGUACACGACGCCGGAGGAGGACGGGACGAAGUCGCUCGACUACGCGGACGGCGGCGUUGUCGAUACCCCCGCCGUCUGCGGCGCAGUGUCGCAGGGCGCAACGAAGAUCAGCGGCAAAGGUCCCUUCGUGGCGACCGAGGGGGAGCCUUGCACGUGGAAGGUUGACCCCGACUCCGCCUACAUCCAGUUUGUCGCCCAGUACUUUGGGCAGGGACCCUACAGGUCCGGAGCCAACGACCAAUGCGACGACCUCUUUCAGUCCUUGAUGGAGCAGUUUCAACGCAAGCAGGAGAAGGGGGAGGCGCUCGUCGCCUACUUGAAGGACGACGUGCCGGUGGUGGAGAACGCCUUCUGGGGAAUCGACGGCGGCCGCUGCGUGGCGAACUUUGCCGUCAUCCUCUACACUCUGCCGACUAACUGGGCACGGGAGCUCAAGAAGCACACGAAAGUCGACGUCUUUCCGAUGCCACAGUCGAGGCGCAAAGGCGGUGGUGCCGACCUCACCAAGCCCACGUGGCGCAAGGCUGGCUCCUUCCCCUACUCGGGGUUUGCGGGGAAUGGCCCGGCCAUCUACUACACUCCGGAGGAGGUCAACCUGUACGGUUACCUCGGCGACUGGAUCGUCAGCUCCGAGUGGGACAACGGGCUCAAGGACUGCUGUGACCUCCACCCUUUGUGAGCGCUAAUUUCGAAGAUGUGUGACCUGUGUGUGUGUGUUUUGGGGUGUGUGUGGGGGUCCCGCACGACGCUCGCAGGCCCAUGUUUGGGUGUGUAGUCGGUUGAAGCCAAAGUACUUUGCCAAAGUGCAAAGAAGAAAAGGCUAAAGGGUUGCUGCU